AUGAUUGUGAAAAUUCACGAGGGUUACCUGGUCGAAUAUAAACCACCACCACCACCACCACCCCAAACACCCGGUCCACGAAAAGCAGACAAAAAACGCUGGUUUGUGCUUUAUCUUCGUGAUACCUGUCCUUACCUACGGUAUUACAAACAUCCACCACGGACAUCGAAAGAUCGUCCACUUUUCGAUUAUCCACUGACCAAUCAAUCUCGCGUAGAACAGUACGGGGAUGGGACGGAAAAUCGUUUUCUCUUUAUUUUGGAUCAAACGAAUCAGUUUAUUUUGCAGGCGGAGUCAAGAGAUCAGAUGCUCAAUUGGAUGUCGAAUAUUCGAAUUCAAAUCACGCCCGAGGUUGGUCAUCAUUUCCGAUUCACAAUUCUCACUCGGACCGAUUUACCUAGACGCAGUCACACUAUUCUGUCCAUGGGGAUAGAAGCGAACUAA